AGGGGCGGUGGGAGUCGGGAGGAAGAGAAGAAGCUGCGGCGAAGAAAUCGUGAUCGUAACGGAAGAAAAAAAAAAAAUGGACCACACGAGGAAUAGACCGAGCAGGCCUCGACUGCGCGCCCAUGACACCACGACCGCCCGAGUCUUGGUCUACGAUCAAGCCGAAACCGAUCAGGUUGCCGCCGCUGCCGAUGCUUCUGCUGCUACCACCACUGCUGGCGCAACGAGCAUCGCCACCAAUACCGCCGGUCUCACCAGCAAUGCGAAAAUGGAGCCGGAGCACAAUAGUGGCCAAGUGAUUCACAGGCGGCUUCUCUCAGCCCCCAAAGUCGAGAGUAAGGAAGCUCCGAUCAAAUCGGUCAGCACCGAGCUCUCCAAUUUGCUCCGUAUGCGCAACUCUGCCAUUGGAAAGUCCGCCCCGUCUCUGUCUAUUCACAUGCGAGACUUCAACGUACCGAGACGAGUGGCCAAUAAAGCGUCCCACCGCAAGUCUUUCAUCGCAACGACGUCGCCUACACUUCCACGAUGUCACUCUCCCCUGUCAGGUACUUGUCUCACAUGUCAACAUAUUUAUUGA